CCACCUAAAAGAGCCCAAUAUGUCUACAUUAUCCACGCGCCUCUGCUCUAGAAAACUCGCCAUCGCAACGCAAGCAAUACAUUUUCAUUUCGAAACAAAGAUUUGUGUACCCCCAAAGGCGUAAUUAUCUGACGAUCAUCGCACAGUUUUCUCCGCCGCAAUGGAACCACCGCCACCGCAAUCCCCUCGAGACGAACACCCUCACACUCACUCUCAUUCAUCCACCUCCAUCCCCACCACUGGUACUUGCUGCAAGUGCGGUGGUGCCACGACCCACGCCCCACCGUCCCAAUCCCCAACUUCCUGGCCUGACCUUUCCUCUCCCCCUGCAUACCGACCGAUUCGAGCCCCCGCUUUAAACCUCCCUCCAAACAACACCCAAGCCAUAAUCCUAACUCCUGUCCCUCAAUCCCAAGAAGUCCCCACCAUUACUCCUCCUUUCCAUUUUCAAAUCCCAUCCAAAAAAAUCACUUCCCCUGAUGAUAUCCGCAAAUUCCACGACUCCCCUACUUCUAAAAACUUCCUGGGUUUCAUCGUCGCCUUGUCGGAAUCUAUCCGCGGCCGUAAAAUCUCCGAUCCCUGCCAUGAAUCUGCCACCGUGUCCAAUAUCGUCUCUAUCAUCGAAAACCUGAGUCUCUGGGUCGAUCAGAUCCCACCCGUUCAACAAUCCUCUCGUUACGGUAACAUCUCUUAUCGAACCUGGCACGAACGCUUAACCGAAAACGCGGAAUCCUUCAUGCUACAGUUCCUCCCCGAGGAUCUCAAAUCCUCCACUAUUGAAAUCGUCCCUUACUUCACUGACAGCUUUGGGAACUCAAGCCGAAUCGAUUAUGGAACGGGACACGAAACCAAUUUCGCAGCCUGGUUAUAUUGCUUGGCCAGAAUGGGAAUAAUCAAGGAAGAAGAUUACCAAGCAGUGGUGGCUAGGGUUUUUGUCAAAUAUUUAGACUUAAUGAGGAAGCUUCAGCUUGUUUAUUGCUUGGAGCCGGCGGGGUCUCACGGGGUAUGGGGUUUAGAUGAUUAUCAUUUCUUGCCAUUUAUAUUUGGGAGUUCGCAGUUGAUUGAUCAUAAGUAUAUGAAGCCGAAAUCGAUUCACAAUGAGGAUAUUUUGGAUAACUUUUCGAGUGAGUAUAUGUAUCUUUCGUGUAUUGGGUUUAUAAAGAAGGUGAAAAAGGGUCCGUUUGCAGAGCAUUCGCCACUGUUGGAUGAUAUCAGUGCAGUGCCUAAUUGGAAGAAGGUGAAUAGUGGGAUGCUUAAAAUGUAUAAAGCUGAGGUGCUCGAAAAGGUUCCUAUUAUGCAGCACUUCCUCUUUGGCUGGCUCAUUAAGUGGAAAAUGAUAAACAGUUACCUGCAGUAUGGAUCGCUGUCUGAGCACUCUAACAUGCCUAGUAGAACUAUUUUGAGAGGCCAGAAAAGAAUCUGCCAUCUAUUGGGAUCGUGAUACAACUAAACCUUACUCUCACCCAUAUAAAUAGCAUAUCAGCUUAAAAUUUCCUCACUAUAAUAUAGCAUAUUUUUACCAUAUGAUAUUGGUGAUGAAGACUCGAUUCUGCACAAUCUUUUUGUUCAAUUGAGGUGCUUUGGAAAGCUCAUUUAAGAUUUUCUCAGAGUGAUACAUGAAACAAUCUUUUCAGACUGAUGCAAGAGAUGAUGAAUAUUGGUUCAGACCUAUCUUCCUAUUUAUUUAUUUAUUUUCAUUUGGGAUGCCUUCAUCUAAAGCUAUUCAAGAUGGAAUUCUUGUUUCCUUUAUACUUUCUGGUUGCCCUUCAUAUUGCAGUGAAGCUGAUAUGCAUGAACCUCUAUAAAAUGAUAAGUAUUCAUGAUAAAGCUUAUCUGUUGAACUCUGUUAAACUGAUUUAUCAAAGCUUUGGGCCGCCUUCAAGUAAACCUUCCAUUCAUUUUGGGUCCACCACUACUAUGAAAUAAUUCUGUCAUGUUGUUUAUGCUUUGCUUGUAUUUAAGAUAGGUGCUAUUGGUAUUAGAUUUGUUUUCGUGA